AUGUCGGCUCCAGCCCCUACUAAAGUUGAUACGGAUGCGUCCCUGAAACUACUUGAAGACAAGUUAAAGCGCCUCGAGUACAAGUUCUCCAAGCAGUACAUAGUGGUGGAGGAUCUGAGGACGUCCAUGGUGCAGCUGAAGGACGCUCUGGCUAAGUCCGUCAGUUCAGCGGUGGAAGAAGAAAAAUACGCCGACUUGGCGGCCAUGGUUAAACUAAACACACAUAACAUCCAAAACCUGAGCAGCAUCGUCGCAACAGCACUGGCAGCGAACAACAAACCCGCCGUGCAGACAUCACUGUCAACACAAGUAGAAGUCCAAGCACGACCACUUCAAACAAAGCCCGGUGAAGAAUGCCACAUGUAUCACUGUUUCAAACUCCACGUGAGGGCCACUGGUCGUAAUAACGCAGAACAAACUUGCCGAGGGGAGGGAGGGCAUCUUGUCAUGGCAAAAACCAGAGAACUCUACGAUUUUGUUGUUCAAAUGAAGAACCGACAUCACCGCGAUGCUCAGUUCUGGUUUGGUGCCAGGUACACGGAUGACACGGACUGGGUGUAUCCCGAUGGAACCUCUGUUGCUGAUGCCGUGCCUUGGGCUCAAAAUGAGCCCAACGACCAAAACAAUUACCAUUGCUCCCACAUUGUGUUUGGCGCCAAGGAUGAUGAUUCACGGAGGGACCUGGUGGCAGAUGCAGACUGUUAUUCCAGAUUUAUCUUCGUCUGUGAACGGGUCGUGGCGUUAACUACCUGAA